AUGUCUAAAAAGUCUUUUAAAGAAAAAUUGGCAAUCGUUAAAAAUGUAACUUUUCUAAACGGUUUGGUGAGGGCAAAAGUUGAAAUUAAACACAUUAAAAUUCCCAUGGGAAAAUUGUCAGCAGUUGAAAAGAAAAAAAUUCUUAGAAAAUAUGCAGCAUCAAUUUUAGGUCUUAUUCAUUUCAUCAUUACGAUCCCCGACUCGUUAAAAGAAAUAUUUCAAAUUCUAUUUAAACAUAGAAUUUGGUUGCAAAACCAGAUUAUCCUCGAUGUUGUGAAUCAUGGUACAAACUUGCCAUCAGCAAUUACGAUUUUAAUUAAUUAA